AGUGGGAAUCCUGUGGCUGUGGGAGCAAGUGGGAGCUGCAUGGAUGGUGGGUAAAGGAGGCAAUCAGGAACUGCCUGGUUGAAGGGCGAAGGGGCCUGUUCCCUUCUGUGUGUGUCUUUCAAGAUAACAUAACCCCAUGUAGCUGCUUGCUUUGCUGAUGUGGACACCAGCCUAUCUGCAGCAGUGAGUGCAUGAGGGGUGACUGCCCUACUACCAGUUCAGGGGGACUGCUAUGGCUGUGCUGGGGAAGAGCUGUGGAUGGGAUUGCUUCAGGGAGCCAAAGCUUGUGUGCUGUUCGGGCUGGGAGGUGAGCUGAUAGUGUGAAAUGUUUCCAGGGCUCAGGUGAAUGCGACUUGCUGUGUCCUGGGGCAGCCCAAGCAGCGCUGUGGCCCCAUUUGGAUGUUGCCUGUUCCAGAGUGGCUCAUUUCCAUGGUUCUCUUGGAGGAUUUAAUCCACCUCCGGGGCUGUGCUGUGGCCUGUCGCAGGCGGUGCCUGGGUUCCUGCAUGUUCAGCAGGGCAGGGCUGUUGGCCUUCAGGCUGUGACUCAUCCUGGAGGCUCAUCCUGCUCCUCUGCCUGCUCUCUCAGUGUCUCUCCUGCCACCUCACCAUGCACCAGGACCCUCGCUGCUGCUGCCACCAUCCUCAUCAUAGGUGAAGCCGCUCUGGGAGCCUGAGCUGCCCCUGUGCUCUGCCUGCUACCCUGCAUGGACACUGGGGUGCAGGAUGGGGCUGAGGCAUCACUGGAGAGGUGCCCGAUGGCUGAGGACUCGGAGGAGCAGCAGCGCCCCGUGGCGCAGUGGACGGUGGCGGAGGCUGGUGCCUGGCUGGCUGCACGCAGCGGGGCCGGGGAGCUGGUGGAGCUGGCACAUGAGCACGAGGUCUCGGGCCGGGUCCUGCUGCGGCUGACGGAGGGGACCCUGCGGCGCAUGGGGGUGACCCCGCGGAGCCGGCGCCGGGAGCUGCUGCGGGAGCUGCUGCAACUGCGGCUGCAGGAGGAGGUCGAGGAGCUGCUGAGCAUCGUUGGCCAGUGAAGACAGUGUCACAGCGGAUGUCCUGGAGACUGCAGGAGGAGAGGUGAUGCCAUGGGAGGACAAAGCAGCAAGUGGGACUGAGCACUUGAUGCAGGAGCGAUGCUAGAGGGAGCCUUGAGGUGACUGUGUCCCCCCUGAAGAAGCCCAAAGCUAAGCUGGAAGAGGUGGCCACCCGGCCCCGGGUGGCACAAGUUGAAGGGUGGCUGCCGGCUCCUGUGGGGUCCUACCGGCUUUGGCACACUGGGGGCACCUUACCAGUGCCGCCCGGAUCCUGCUGCACCCAUGAGGCAGCCCAGCCCCAGGAGUGACCCUCCAGUCUGUCUGUUUGUCUGUGGCAUAGAGCACAGAGGGACAAGUUCCCAGGUUGCUGCGUAGGGGAAACCUGUCUCCUCGGUGCCCUGGGGCUGGCAGGAGGAGGGCAGCAGAGCCCAGCACACAACUGGUCUCAAUAAACACUGUUCUGGUAAGUACAGAGGGGUCCCCACUCUGAGGACCUAGAAAAGGGCUGAAAGCCCAAACCCACCCUGCCACAGCCCAGGACAGGGAGUCUGCAGCCUCCUCUGCCCUGGUAUUUUCCUGGCCCUAAACUUCUGCACUGGUGCAAAGGGCCAGCUGUGAGCUGCAGGGCAGGAUCCAUCCCCAGGACCUGAUUCUCCAGGGAAGAAGAGGGGGGCAAGCACUCCUUCCUCCCA